UAUUUUCGUCAUCCCUACUCAAGAAUGUGUAUCGCAUAUCUGGUGGUAUUCUGUAAUUUCUUGAUCUUUGCUGAGGACCCCGUAUCCCAUAGUUACAGUGAAUGUACUAUCGAUUAUAUUGGGGAUAUAUACACGCUUGUGUUCGUCAAGUACCCCAAAGGAUCUUUUAUCCUUAUCAAGUUUGGUACUUGGUUAUUCGCUCUGGUAUUAGGACUAUUAGUCGGCAAGUUCAUUUUACACAAGUGGCUUUUUUGUCAUAAAAUGAAGCUGAAGAUGUUUACGGAAGAUGGUCAAGGUCCAUGGAUGGUGAUGUUCUUGACUUCAAUGCUAUCGCUAUACAUUUUUAGCUUUGCUUAUAACGGUUUUCUGAUGCUAGAAGGUAAAUACAUGGACGGUCUUCACGCUAGCAGCCGUAUGAACAUAGAGAAUCAGACGUUCAUGAAGUUGGCAGCCAUUGGGACCUGGUUAGGUGACUUCAUCACCGCAUGGAUGGUCACGGAUAUGAUGCUACAGGGUCUCAAGUAUCCUGACUGGGCGAAAGGAGUCAGAAAGUUCUGGAAAAAAGGUCUGAAUCGCGUCAUAGUUUUUUGGUUCACCGCCGUUACCAUGACAAUAGUAGUUACUACAGCCAUCAGUACGGAUUACCUGGACUGGGACAGGAUAAGCAGGGACUUUAUGCCGACUAACGAGCUGUCUAGAGCAUUUCUUGCCUCAUUUAUCCUCGUCAUGGAUUUGAUGAUCGUCAUGCAAGACUGGGAAUUUCCCCACUUUGCUGGUGCGCUGGACGUCAAGCUCCCAGGCUUGAACACUGACACAUUCGAGUUUCACGUGCCUGGGUGUCUGGGAGGAGGCGGCUGUGAUGUCUAUAUCUCUGGCAAAUGGUUCAAUUAUGGAAUCAUCUUUCUUGUCAUGAUCCUGGAUUUAAAUAUGUGGAAAAAUCAAAUAUUUUAUGAUCCACUGAGCUACGGCCAGUACACUGACAACGAAGGGUACAUCUAUACUGUGUCUGAUAAACAGUUCUUGAGAUGGUCUAAUAAAUCUAUGAUGACAUACAACUGGAGGUGGAAUCACAUUAAUCCAAAAACCAAUCGUACCUACGGGCUGGAAGACCAUCGCAUGAACUCUAAGUAUAAUGGCUAUACAUUAGGACUCAAGGGCUUGGCCUUCGUACCCAGUCUUCUAACAUUCUGUGUAUUUGGUUAUUUAUCAUGGCUGUUUGGUAAAGAGGAGAAUGGUGACGAGGCACUACUGCGCAAGUACAGAUGUGACGUACGAAGGGAACGACAGCUGAGGAGACUGAAGAGAAGAAAGCGACGAGCUGAACGAGUCAAACAAAACGUCACACAUAACAUUAAUACAGCUACACAGGAACUGGGUUCCCAUGGCAACGACGACGCUCCAGAAAUUGAUGAAAAACAAGUGAAAGAAAUCGAUGACUCGUUUCUUUUUGACGAAGACGUGGAAGCUAACGAAGAACCGCAGAACCAAAAUGACAACGAAACGGAAUCUACGAAAAAGAUAAACAACUUCAAAUACUAUCUUCGCCAUCCAUACUUCAGGAUAUUCACGUCAUAUUUUGUGAUUUUCUGCAACUUUCUGAUCUUUGCAGAGGAUCCUGUUUCCCACAGCUGUUCUGAUUGUAUUAUUGAUGUUAUUGGUAAUCUUUAUUCAUUUAUUAUGGCAAGAUAUCCCCCUGACGCAGGGUUCUGUGUCCUCAAGGUUUUCAUGUUUCUCGUUUCCAUGGCAACUGGCAUGAUAUUUGGUAAAUACUUCAUUCACAAGUUUCUAUUCUGCCGUGUUUGGAAACUCAAGAUGUUUUCAGAAUCUGGUCAGGGUUCGUGGAUGGUGAUGUUCCUGACUGUAAUCUUGUUCUCAUACGUCUGGGGAUUUUGCUACAAUGAAUUCUUAAUCCUCGGUGGCCCGCAAUACAUUCCCUACAAGGUCAGCAGUAAUAUGGGUAUAAAGAAUGAGACGUUUAUGAAGGUUGCAGCCAUGGGCACGUGGUUUGGUGACUUUAUCACGGCUUGGAUGGUCACUGAUAUGAUGUUACAGGAGUCUGAAUACGAGUGGUGGGCACGUGGUCUAAGACGAUGGUGGCAGCGGGGCAAGAAUCGAGUCUACGCAUUUUGGAUUGUUUCUCUUGGCACGUCAUUGGUGGUUUUUACAUCGUUAACAACAAACUAUCUGGAUUGGGAUCGUAUCAGCGAGGAUUUUAUGCCAACUAAUGAGCUGUCAAGAGCAUUUCUUGCGUCGUUUAUUCUGGUCAUGGAUUUGAUGAUCGUUAUGCAGGACUGGGAGUUUCCGCAUUUUAGAGGCGGUAUGGACGUUAAACUACCAGGAGUGAAUAUGGGUGAUGUUCACUUCAAAGUCCCUGGAGGUGAAGUCCAGAUAACUGGAAAAUGGUUCAACUAUGGAAUCAUAUUCAUCGUGAUGAUUCUGGAUCUCAACAUGUGGAAGAACCAAAUUUUCUACGAUCCCUACCUGUAUGGGCAGUAUACCGAUAGAGACGGGUAUAUCUAUACAGUAUGUAACAGGACGUGGUUGAGGAAUGCUACUCGUGAGAUGGUGUCUUACUCAUGGCGUUGGAAUAGUUCAAAUCACUUGGGUAACCAGACAUACGGACAAGGCGAUCUUCGAACUAACUCCAAGUAUUUAGGGUUUCCCUUGAGUGUGAAAGGCAUCGCUUUUAUCCCAUCAAUGUCUGCAUUUCUUGUUUUCGGUUAUCUCGCGAAAAGGUUUUCAAGAGAAGAAGAAGCCAAGAAUACUCAAGUUGAAGCUUUUCGUGCCAUCAAAUCAACGUCUGACCAGGACUUAUGUGACGAAGAAGAAGAUAAUGAUCCUCAAAAUACAGGAAAAAUAAACAAUUACAGGAAAGAGCUAAUUGUGGAUAGUAGACGUACUAAUAGUGAUACAGUCCUACACCCAGCUCACACUUUUAACCGCAGUGCUACCAACAGAUCCAAUAACGAUAUGGGCAGCAGCAGCGAUGAAAUUGAACUGGACCCGUUUGGACAAGACAUCCAAGAUGGUGUUGACUUUCUUCCGGGUGAGAAUCAAGUAUCUGAAGAUGAAACUAGUCUAAAUGACGAGAUCGAUACAAGGUUGACAAUGGCGAAUAUCGUGAGAUUAAAGAGCGUCGCUCGAAGAUACAACAAAAGACCAGCCAUUAAAGACCGCGAAUUAACCAACUCCCAAAGCAGUUUGGAUGAAGAUUCUGAUUGCGAGAAAAAGAAACCUUUUGAACGUAACAUGUCGCCAUUUAGUUCAGACAGUGGUGAUGAAGCAAGUCGUUUGUCAUUUUCUAACACGAGUGUGAACAGCGCUGCCGAUGCUGACGAGACUGAUUCUGACGAUGAAACGCCUAAAAAACUAUCAUUUGACAGACUUGAAAAGGGUAAUCUCAGCACUAAGACGGCUCAAGAAAACUGGGAUAAACUGAGAAACAGAAGCGCGUUGUCGUUUGGGAACUUAUUUCGAACUUCAGAAUCAGGUUCUCAAGGUGCCCAGGAUUCCUUGCAGUAUGUGACAAAUGAGACAAUCAGCAAGACACCCAAAGGUGAACAGAUUAGACCAGAUAAAGACUUUCUUCGAGUUCCCUCAACAUCUAAAAGAUAAACAACUACUAUUAUGUCGUUCGUACUAAUUAAGU